UUCUUUAAUUAAAACUUCUUUAAUUGAUUUGGUGAUCAAAAGUCUUAUUUUUUGGUGAUCAUUUCACUGCUAAUAAAUUUGGUGAUCAAAAGUCACUUUUUUGGUGAUCAAAACACAUUUAUUCCAUUAUUCACAUUGACAUAUCAGCUGAUUCAUUAUCCUCUUAUAUAUUUUGCUAUACAAUGCCGAAGUGGAAAGCAAUAAGUCUCCUAUAAUUUCAUUCAGUCAACUUAGAGAAUAGAUUAAAAUAAAUAAUUAAUACGAUUUGAUAUUGAUCCAAUAUUGUUACAAGAAUUUUUUAUUAUUCUACUAUAUUUUAUUAUGAGUUUUAUUUGUUUUAGACAUGUCGUCUUCAACAACAGAUGAUUGAAUUACGUUUAGAUGCUUUUUUAUUAGCUCCUAUUCAACGUAUUUGUCAAUAUCCUCUACAAUUGAAUGAGUUAUUAAAAUAUACAUCAUCAGAUCACAGUGACUAUGAAAAUGUUAAACAAGCAUUAAAUGCCAUGAGAGAUGUAGCCGUAUUUAUUAAUGAGAGAAAACGUCGAAUGGAAUAUAUUGAAGUGAUUCAUAAAUGGCAGUUUACUGUUCAAAGAUGGAUGGGUAAAAAUCUUCUUGAAACAAGUACACAAGGUCUUGGACGAGCAGAUACCUAUCAUAUUGUUAAUGGAAAAAAAGAACAAGUAACAUUGUUCUUAUUUGAUCAUGUACUAAUAUUAUGUAAAAAGGACAAAAAAAAUUCACUGGUCUAUUAUGGUCGUGCUGAUUUAGAUAAUUGUGAAAUUGAAAAUCUUGAUGGCAAAGAAAAUGACAAUUUAUUGAAUAAUUUAUAUACAUGGCGUCUACAUGAUCAUACACAGUUGAAAACAUUUUUAUUUUCUCAUAAAACACAAUUGGAUAAAAUACAGAUGUUAGACGCAUUUGUUUAUGAACGAGCACUAGUUCAAGAAAAUCUUUCCAAAGAUCGUUCAAUAUCGGCCAUAUUAAAAACAUCUUCAACAAUAAAUAAUAGUCUUCUAAAUUCAAGUAUUUAUUCAUCUGGCAGUCAUUCAACAUCAACUACUAACACAACAACGAAUCAACAUCGUUUUAUUAUUACACGUAAAUCAUCUUUACCAAGAUUUAUUCGUCCUAAAGAAAUUGAACAGCAGCCUAAUUCUGAUGAUAGUAUACGUUUAAAAUCACGUUUCCGUUUCUGGUGA